GAUAAUAGUAAUACGACUAGUCAAAUGAGAUAGUCCACAAGUGUAGAUUGAAAGACAAAAAGAGAGGGUCUUUAGUACUAUGACCUGUUAAAAGUCACCACACUAUGGCCCCUUAAUAAGUGCGUUUGUCCAAAAAAUGCAUUUAAAGUGGGGCUAUGCUUUAUAAUACUUCCAAACUAAGCAAUACCCUCAAUAAAACAAAACAAACUCCUAAGGAGUAUAUGAGUAAUGAAAAGCAAUAGUAGUAAGCAAAUAAUAUGAAAGCAAAGCACAAAACCAAGACAGUUUGAAGAAGUUACCCAAAGAAUGCAGUCAACUUCAACAAGGGAGGUCACAGAAUUGUGCUUCCAUGGUUGCUGCCCAACUCCUUUCUUCACUCUAAAUGAAGCUGAUAAAUCCACUGCUGCUAAACCAAGAAAUUCUUCGGCCGAAAACCGUCGCACUUUUGCUUCCACCACCUCUUCCUCUUUGUUCCCUAACACUGAGUUUAACAACCCUGACUCCCUUCCAUCCCUGCAAGAAGCAUUUGAUCAGUUCAUCAGAACCUACCCAAACUACACCGAGACUUACCAAAUUGAUGAAAUACGUGCUCAAGAGUACUACAAUCUUUCCCUCUCUAACCAUGUAUGCCUUGAUUACAUUGGCAUUGGCCUGUUCUCUUUCUCACAGCUUCACAACCAGCUUUCUCUCACAUAUCCUUCAACAUCAUCUUCACCCCCUCCAUUGCGGCCCCACAGCUCAGACUUUCCGGUCUUCCACUUAUCGUAUAAGUCAGUAAAUCUGAAGAACCACUUGCUUGAAGGAGGAAAUGAAUCGAGAUUGGAGUCUGCAAUCAAGAAGAGGAUCAGGGAAUUCCUCAACAAUAGUGAAGAUGAUUAUUCUGUAGUUCUGACAGCAAACAGAACAUCAGCCUUCAGAUUAGUUGCAGAGUCAUACCCUUUUGGGUCUUGUAAGAAGCUCCUCACUGUCUACGAUCAUGACAGUGAGGCAGUAGAUACAAUGAUUAAUAGCUCAGAGAAGAGAGGAGCUCAAGCAAUGGCAGCUGAGUUUACAUGGCCAAGGUUAAGGAUUCACUCAUCAAAAUUGAGGAGUAUGAUUACCAGCAAGAGAAUGAUCAGCAAGAAAAGAGGGCUUUUUGUUUUCCAGCUUCAAUCAAGAGUGACAGGUGCUAGAUACUCUUACCAAUGGAUGAAAGUGGCACAAGAACAUGGAUGGCAUAUCCUUCUUGAUGCUUGUGCUGUGGGACCAAAAGACAUGGAUAGUCUGGGACUCUCUCUCUUCCAACCAGAUUUCUUAAUAUGCUCUUUCUACAAGGUUUUUGGGGAGAACCCAUCUGGAUUUGGGUGUCUCUUUGUCAAGAAAUCGGCUAUUUCGAUCCUGGAAACUUCAACUACUGCUGGAAUUGUAAGUAUUGUCUCAGCAAGGAAGUUAUUUUACCUGCCUGAAGAAUCUUCUGGCACUGAAACAGAGUUUGAACAAGAACUUGAGUUGGGCUCAUCAUCAUUCAAUUCCUUCUCUGGUCCAAUAUCCAUCCAAGCACCGACAAUGGAAAAAGGGGAGUCCUCUACGUCAGUAAGGAAUAAAGAUACUAGAGUGAAGAUCAAUGGACAAAAAAUCUCAGAAAUUGAAGUGAUAGAUGAAGCUAGUGAUAUUUUUGUUGAGCGACGAAGCACGGUAAUCAGCAGAAAAAGGAAUUCACUAGUUGAAUGUAGGUGCUUGGAUCAUAUUGAUGCAUUGGGGCUCUCACUGGUAAAUAGUAGGAGCAGGUACCUUGUCAAUUGGCUCAUUAAUGGUUUAACAAAGCUCCAGCACCCAAAUGCAGAAAGGGCAGUUCCCUUGGUAAAAAUAUAUGGGCCAAAGAUAAAGUUUGAUCGAGGACCAGCCUUGGCUUUCAAUGUGUUUGAUUGGAAAGGCGAAAAGGUUGAGCCUAUUCUAAUACAGAAACUUGCUGAUAGGAAAAGCAUAUCUUUAAGCUAUGGUUUUCUGCAUCAUAUUUGGUUUCCAGAAAAGUAUGAACAACAAAAGGCUAGUGUUCUUGAGAAGAGAAGAUGUGAAGCAAAGGAAAACCCAGGAAACAAAAAGAAAGGAAAGGAAAACCUAGGUAUAAGAGUAGUUACAGCUGCAUUCGGAUUCAUUGCCACAUUUGCAGAUGCUUACAAGCUUUGGGCUUUUGUAGCUCAGUUCUUGGAUGCAGACUUUGUGGAGAAAGAGAGAUGGCGAUACACUGCCCUUAAUCAGACAGCUGUUGAAAUCUGAACGGCGGGAAUUCUUAGUCCAAUAAUCAAUUUUCCAGAGUUUUCGGAAUCAUGAGGUCACCAAUGCUUACAGGUGAAGCAUACCGAGGUUCAUAGUGUAAUUGAAUCAAGGAUCUGUAAUCUCCUUACCUUUUUGACAGCACAUUUUAUACGAAGUAUAUGCCAUUAUUGUACAUCUCACUUCACAAUCUAGUAAAAUUCCUUUCAUUAUAUUCAUAAUAGAACAAAACGUACCUGCUGCUUCUUACA